AAUACUACAAUUUAUUAUUUUUUUUUUAUAAAAUUUGCAAAAGUUCAACGUAAAAGAUAGCAAGGCACCAUGAAUUAUCUCAUACAGCGCGGAAAGGUUCGCAAUCAGAUGAUCAAUGUGCCGCAGGGAUUGCCUGAACUCUUGUCGGACAUCACACGAGAAGUUCUGCGCUGCCAGCCCACCACCGAAUGCCUUUGCCAAUUCAUCAUCGACUACCUUCAUUCGGUGAUCGUGACUCGCGAGAAAGCCAGAGUGGCCAAAAGCAUCAUUGAUCGCGCACUGGCGGUGGUGGACGAAAUCAUUGCGGACAUGUGCGUCUGCGAUAUCAGCAAGGACAAGGCGCAGGAGAUGUCAAUGCAUAUGGAGGAGUGCUUCCGACGUUUCCUCAGUCGAAUGCGUUGCGAGCAGCGAAAGGAUAUCGAAGUCGUGCGAUUCGAGGAGCAGGACAUGCUAAAUGCGAUGAUCGAACGCUGCAAAUUCACUGAGCAGGAAUUGAGAAUUUCCAAACCCAUGAUUGAGGCUGCCUAUCGCCGUUUUAUCGAUGCCUAUAUGAAGGCUCAUGAGGACUUUGGAGGUACUGAAGAGCUAUAUCAGCACUUUAAGCAGCGUGAACUCAGCCGGCAGGAAGAGGAGAAGGAAAAAUCGGCCGCCACUAAAAUUCAGGCUAACUUCAGAGGUUACGUAGUGCGGAAAACCUUAGGCAAACCCAAGGGUAAAAUGGUGACUGAGGAAGAGAUGAACGUGGACUUAGACACACAAAAUGAAGCGGCAAUUACGAUUCAAAAAGCUUUUCGCCGCCACGCGGCUUCUUUAGAAUCUAGAGCUAGCGCGGAGAAAGUAAAUAUGUCAGUUAUAUUCAUUAUAUUUUAGUCUAACAUCUUUUUAGGAUGAUGGGGCAUGCGAGCCUGGGUCUGAUAUAAAAGUUGUAAGUAAAACUUCUUAUCCAGCGACUGAAGAGGUUAUAGAAGCUGUACUUUGUUUCAGGCUGUUCCUGGUACAGUCGAAGAAGUUCCUAUGGAACUCGCAGA